AUGAAUGAAAGUUCAGCGUCUGAUUUUGGCGGAUUCCAGCGGCCAUUUGAAGAACAACGUCUACCACCACUGCCCCGAAUGAUACAGACCCUCAGACGACAGUUCCAACUCUUACUCGCAACUUACAAACGCGGACUCCGUCUCCCUCGGGACGUAGAUGAAGAUCAAAAAAGUCAGCUCCAGAUAGAUGAAAUCCGAGGACAACGAGUCUUUCUACAAUAUAUGAAGCUUUACCUCCGCGAUAUGGAGCAUGAAUUAGAAUCAAGAGAAGUGAGAGUGUCACGUCAAGCGAACACUCCCAAGCCGGAGGGGCAGGAGGAUAAUUUCAGGACAAGCUCCCCCAGCUGGGGAUACGGAAAGAAUGCAAAGCCAAGCAGACGUUCCUGCGGGGAAGCAGAGCAUAAUCCCAACAAUAAAGCUACGGCAGAACCUGAACUGGCGGGGUUCGCACUAAGCGGGAUUUCAACCCCCGCCCAGAACCAGAUAACUAUUUAA